AUGUCUGCUGGACUCUCCUCAAUCCUCGAUCUGACAGAUCAGUCUUUUGGAUCACAAAGGUCAAUCUUCAAUGCAGAACAAUGGGAUUAUAUCAAUGCUUAUUUUGAAAAAAGACUUGCAAUCAAACGACAUGCACUUGACAAUGAUAUUUGCAACACAAUUAAAAAUUUCCUCCAAAACUAUCUAAAAUAA